AAAAAGCGACUUCUCUGUAUCUGUGUGGACUGUUUCGUAUUGGAUCCUUGGACUGCGCUGACUGCUCUCCCUCACAGUGGUUCGCUAUAUCUGCGCUCUGCUGUGCUGCUGCUGCUUAGUGCGCGUCUGGAUUUGAGGAGUUGAGGAUGCGGGAGAUAUACACGCAACACGGGAAUAUGACAAGCGGAGGGGACGUCUUUUCUUCUCAGUUACAGAUGUAGUUAUGAUAUUUCGUGCACGGGCUGGGACUAUCUCUUCCUAUAGGAUCUCUCUCUGUGUUUUUGAGUGGAUUUUCUGAGCUUUUCCACGCGCACCGGUGCCAAAAAUGACUGAAAUGUCUCAAAGUCAGUGCGCUGCCUUGGUUGGCGAAGACCAGCCCCUCUGCCCCGACCUCCCUGAACUUGACCUGUCCGAGCUGGACGUCAGUGACUUAGAUGCAGACAGUUUCUUGGGUGGCCUCAAAUGGUACAGUGACCAAUCGGAGAUCAUAUCCUCGCAGUAUGGCAACGAGGCGUCCAAUCUAUUUGAGAAGAUAGAUGAGGAAAAUGAGGCCAACUUGCUGGCAGUGCUUACAGAGACCCUGGACAGUAUCCCGGUGGAUGAGGACGGAUUGCCUUCGUUUGAGGCCUUGGCAGACGGAGACGUGACCAAUGCCAGUGACCAGAGCUGCCCCUCCUCCCCUUGCGGCUCCCCCCACACCCCCGAGCCCGAGGAGCCUUCCCUGCUGAAGAAGCUCCUCCUGGCGCCUGCAAACUCCCAGCUCAGCUAUAAUCAAUACACAGGUGGCAAGGCACACAACCAUGCAGCCAACAGCAACCACCGGAUCCGACCACCACCUGCCGUCGUCAAGACGGAGAACCCAUGGAACGGCAAAGCACGUGGGGGUCCGACCCAACAGAACCGGCCCGUGAGACGGCCCUGCACAGAGCUGCUCAAAUACCUGACAGCCACAGAUGACAUCCUGCUCCACACCAAAGCCAGUGAAGCCAGGGGCCCCUGGGGGCCCGGCAGUAGCAGAGACAAGAGUGUCCUGGGUCUAGGUGCCUCCUCCUCUUCCUCCUCGCCUUCUUCAUCGUCCACUUCCUCGUUCUCCUCCCUUUCCUCCAGCUCCUCCACCUGUUCAGCCUCCAAGAAGAAGUCGGUGUCUUCUCAGCAACAGCAGCAGCAGCAGCGAGGUGAGCGCCGGGCUGCAGGCGAGUGUAGUGUGCCUGGUGUUGGGGCUGGGAAGUGGCAGCGGUGCCAUGUUCACCAUGAUCACCAUGAGCAGAAGUCCCAGGGCUGUGGCCAUGUCUGCCCCAAACUGGAGCACAGGGCGCCCAGUGAAGAAGGAAGGCCGCCAGGCGAGGCCGCCCGCCUGGCCGCCGCUAGCUUUAUUAGGUAUAUGCAUUCUUAUUCCCUCCCUCCCAGAGAGGCGAGUCACAGCUGUGGGCAUUGCCGAGAGGCUGCAGGUGCCACUCAGGCUAGUCGGGGCUUUGGCAGGCAAGGCCAUAGGAACAGUAGUGGUGCCAAACACGCACCACGCAAACACAUCACACUGACCAUAAAGAAAAGAGAGGAGAAGCCAGGCCACCCCUUACUCAGCCAGCUGCUCACCUCCAAACACAAGCCUGCGCAGUACCAGGUCCAGCUACACAUACGCAGCCCGAGUCCCACACCCCCCUCUUCUCAAAAAUCUCCCAGGUCUGAGAACCCCUUCCUAACAGAUCCACACAUGGACAAGGAAGAGCGGAAAGAUACAAAGUCUGUUAGGAACCAUGAGGCUGAGGAGCCUGGCUCUGGGCCCCUGCUGUCCCCUCUGACCUUUGACCUAGAGACAGACUCAGGGCUGAACAUGGGCUUUGGACUGGAGCUGGGGUGGCCCAGCAGGGGCCGCAGUGGGGAGGAGCCUGAUGAAGCUGAUAAUGAUGAUGGUGUUGUUGAUUACGAUGAUGUCAUGGGCAGCAGUGUGGCUGCAGUGCUCUCACAGGGCCCGCCCAGCCCACUGUUCCCUGUCCCUCCCUGCUUCAUACCAGGGCAAGGGCACCCACACAGGCAGGCACUCAGCGGGCACCCCGACGACCAGGCCCACCCAUUGUUAGCCAAACCAACCACCUUGCCACUUCCUUUGACCCCAGAGUCUCCAAAUGACCACAAGGGAUCACCGUUUGAGAACAAAACCAUUGAACGCACAUUAAGCGUGGAGAUCGCUGGAACUCCAGGUCUGACACCACCUACUACGCCCCCACACAAAGUCAGUCAAGAGAAUCCUUUCAAAGCAUCUCUCAAAACCAAGUUGUCUUCAUGUUCCUCCUCAGCCUUGGCGUGCAAAAGAGCCAGGCAGAGCGAGGCGGGCCCCGGCGCUCUGGCCCCGGCCCCAGGUGCCUCAGGCGGGGGCCCCAUUAGGAAGGGUCCCGAACAGACUGAGCUGUACGCCCAGCUGAGCAAAGCGGCCAGCGCUCUCCCUUUCUCCCUGCACUCAGCAGGGGGCGCUGCCGAGGACCAACGUAGCACUAGCAACAAGCGGUCUCGUGGACACAGUGACCACGACUACUGCCAGGCAACAGCAAACGCCAAGAAGGACGGCAGCACGACCACCGCUCCCAGCACCACAGCAGCGGUCACUCCUCCAGACGACAGGCAUGUGGAAUGUAAGGACUUAACAAUGCCCCCAUCUUCAUCGCCAUCCUCAUCUUCCCCAAUGUCCACUUCAUCCACGUCUUUGGCUGAGCAGCACAAAAAGGAGGCAGCCCAAAUGAAGGAGACAGAAGACCCCUCACAAGAGGUCCCAAGUGACCAAUCCUCUUCCAACAACCGGAAACUCAUGCGCGACCAGGAAAUCCGAGCAGAGCUCAACAAGCACUUUGGUAUCCCCACACAAGCGCUCUACAGCCCGGAGAGAGAAGUGAAGUCUGCAGCUCCUCUGUCUCCAGAGGAGACCUCUGACAGCUCCCCGCGGCUGCCCGGGUCCAGCUACCUGCACCCAGGCUUCCUGCCUUUCCACGAUGACCUGGAUGUGGGGCGGGAGAACCGCUUCCUCUACCCCUGGGAGGGCACUCCUCUGGACCUCCUGUUUGAUUGCUCUCCCUGCUCUCCCUCCUCCUCCCCUCCAUCCAGCUGCUCCCCUUCACGAGGCUCCGUGUCCCCGCCCUCCUCCCUGCUCCUUUCUCCCAGCAGGCCUUUCUGCUGGACCAGCAGCGGGUCACGCUCCAGGUCCCGAUCCCACUCCGGCUCCCGCAGCUCCUCCUCACACCACCGGAGGCGCUCUCUCUCCAGCUCACCCGACAGACGCCCCUCCUCCUGGGCUCGUCAGAACACAGAAUCCAGCACUUUCCGUUCCCGGACUCACAAAAGCCCUCGGUCUCGCUCUCCUCUCAGCCGCAGGCAAAGGUACGACAGUUACGAGGAGUACCAACACGAGCGCCUGAUGAGGGAGGAACAUCUCCAGGAUUACGAGAAGCGAGAGUUUGAGCGAGCAGAGCAGAAAGACCAGCAGAAGCAAAAAGCUAUUGAGGAGAGGCGCGCCGUCUACGUGGGCCGGCUGAGGUCGGACUGCACCAGGACCGAGCUGAAACGGCGCUUUGAAGUCUUCGGUGAAAUUGAAGAAUGCGCGGUGAACCUGAGGGAUGAUGGGGACAAUUUUGGCUUCAUCACGUACCGCUACACUUGUGACGCCUUCGCUGCCAUGGAGAAGGGACACACCUUACGCCGGUCACACGAGCCCCAGUUCGAGCUGUGCUUUGGCGGACAGAAGCAGUUCGGCAAAUCACAUUACACCGACUUGGACUCUCAUUCAGACGACUUUGAUCCAGCCUCCACCAAAAGCAAGUACGACUCCCUGGACUUCGACAGCUUGCUCCGAGAGGCCCAGCGCAGCCUGAGAAGGUAACCGACCAGUCGUCAGGGGCAACCGCCGUCCGUUGUCACAUGACGCGAGAGGGACUUCCGAUACCUCACUGUUUCUCAAGACUAUGAGAAGAUUUACACUCUAUUUCACAGAGUUUAUAUGAAGAAAAAAUAUAGACGUAUAUCGUGAAAAAUGAAUAUAUCAAAUAAAGUUUACAUGAACAAAGCUGCUGAUGAAGAAGGAGAAGCAAUGCAUUGUGGGAAAGCCAGUGAACCCUCAGAAUCUGUUCAAAGCAGGUUCAAUGCACUCAACUGCUGUUGUGAAGGAAGAAAAGGAAAAGAAACUGUCUUUUUUUCUCUAAGCACUACAAUACCCACAAUCCUUUGGGGUAGCAGCUUGUUCAGCCAGAUUUGUUUUGUUUUGUCAUUUCUUUUUAUUUUAGAAAUCUGCUGUGUGGAUCUGGUGUUACAUUGCAAAACAAGUGGGAAUUGUUUAGAAAAUUCUCAAGGGUGUCUACAUUUUAAGAAGUUGAAAUGUAGCUGUGUAUUUACAAAUAUAAAAAGUAAUAUUUUUGUUUUAUGUACAUAUCAGAUAAGAAAAUUCUUUAUUUGUUACAGCUAUGCACUGUAAAACGCAGCCUUUUUUAAAUGAAAGAGAACGUUUCUUAAUUGAGAAUGUUUGAUCUGUAGUGAUUACAUAACACUGUACACCACAUGAUGUUUUGUCAUGACAUGAUUGUAAAAAAAAAUUGAACAAAAAACUUCGACUUUGACUUCGACUGCUCAGUUUGAGAGAGCCAGUAAACAAUGUCCUUUUUUUUUUAAGUUAUUUUGUUGGGAAAGGGGUUAAAAAGUCACCAUGUAUAGUUUUAUCUGUUUAUAACGUUCUCAUUCAGUGUUUUUGCCAGUGUAAAACGCAUUUUUAACGUUUUUUUUCCAUGAUUUUAAAAAAUGGACCCCCAUUUUUUUACGAAUUAUUUGAGCGCAAUCAGCAUAUACAUAUACAGUUUGAUUCUUUGGAAGGUUUUUGAUCAAGCGAAUCAUUUUAAUCCGAAAUAUUUAUGUAUUUAUUUUGAAUCAAAUCUAUUUAUGAUCUCCAUUUGAUGUGGCGUACCUCAUAAAAUGUAUUUAUUUUUCUGUUAUUUAACUCACAAUCACUUGACAGGGUGUACAAUAAUAUCUUUUGGUGGGGAUUUUGUGACCUUCUAUGCCUUUCCAAAAACAAUCACAUCGUUUCAGCCAAAAUCACGUCUCAUUCAUGCGUCUCUAAGUCCACAUAGAAGCAAUAACAAUAAUUUUGCAGGAUUUUUAUUAAGUUGUCCCACUGGUAACACUGACAUGGCUGCACUCACGCUUUUUUGAUUAUGUGAAUGCCAAACAAGAAGUUUACAAUUCAUUUCCUGACUUUUUUAAUGAUCUUGUAUUUGAUGUACAAAUAAUAACAUAUAGUAAUAAUAUUCACAAUAAUUGCAAGAUGAUUAAUAAUAAUAUAAAUGAAAGGAAAAAAUCUAUAAAAAGCAAUAAAUUAUUUUUCAGAGUUGUAUUUUAGCUCUUAUCGUUGUGAUUUUUUGGGGGGGAUUUUGGACCCAUUACCCAGUCGCUGAUAGCUAAGAUAACUCCAUUCCAGUAAGUCUUGGCCUCCCUCUGCUUUUCCCUUUAAAGAUGUCUGUGAUUGUACUGCACGCAUUACAAUGUGGUACUUCGUGUGCAAAACGUUCACGUGUGUGUGUGUGUCUAGGAAACAAUAUUUGACGUGUAGUGCAUGGCUAGUCCAGAACCACUUUGGAUAUCCGAUUUUCUCAAUGGCGAUUUUUUGACCGUUUUAUACAGCGAUCAGCCAUAACAUUACGACCACUGUGCUGGUGUGUUAGCGGCAAGAAAAUGAGAAUGUUUAUUGAUGCAGCUCACUCCAACAAUGGUGAAUAUCUGAAGGUUAAGGUUGGCUUUUGUUGUCCUCUGCAUUUGAGCCAUCCUUCAAUACCAUUGAGAACACCUUGACCUACACUUGAUUUUUCGUUUUCUUUUGUUUUUUUCCCCCAAUCCCACAAUACGCAACAAGAAUUCCAGGGAGGACAUCUGACUUAACAUCUAACAAAAUCAAUAAGCAACUUGGAACAACAGAAUGUAAUCCACAUAAUUUAAAUUUGAUUGUGCUGGUGGUCGUAAUGUUUUGGCUGAUGCAUGUAUAGGCCUAUAGGAGAAAACCCUACACAACUAAGGCAUGCCGCACCACUUCUUCCCCUUCUCUCUCUCCGCUCACAGUCCAGAUAUGACAUAAAAGGUAACCUUGCAGUUUCUAGUUCAAUUAAUAUCCUGUUCCGAGUAAUGAGAGAACCAGCUCUCAUCACAGGAAGGAGAAAAAAAACGUGUAUAAUGAAAGUUAUGCUGAUCAGAGAUUUCCUUUUAUGGAGUUUGACUAUUGGAGACAUUUUUCAAAGAAGGAAGUGAAAAAAUACCUGUGUUUUAUAGCAUUGUUUUUCCCUUUCCGUUGUCUGUAUAGCAUUUGGGUAAUGGUGUCGUGUCCCAUUGAUUGAUGUGGCUUUAAACAUUGUAAUAAAAAAUGCUUUGUAAAUUGCCUAGAGUAGCAAUAUAUUACACCUUAUGGUUUCAACUGUGGCGGACUUUUUAAUGAUAAUGUCACCUAUUGAGGACACUGUCUUGCUUUGUUUUUCUUUGGAAGGACAUUACGUGUACAAGUGUGCGUGAGAUUUUAAGGGAGGUGUGUGUGUCUUUUUGGAUGUUCUGUGUCCUAUCCACGUUGCCUUUUUCUGCCAAGUCCUUACCAAUGCCUUUGUGGUUCUACCUAUUGUACGAUUUUCUUGUGAAUUUUAAUUUUUUAUGUGCAAUUCUCAUCAGCCUCACCAUGCCAAUAAAGGGAAAUGUGUUUGAAA